GGGCUGCUCCCAGCAGUGCCUCCCGUUUAUCCCCCAGGUGCUGGACCAGGAUUUAUUCUUUGGAGCUGUCAGCUCUGCUGGGCAGGAAAAAUGUCAGACGGUUUCUCUCUAUCUGAUGCCUUGGCCAACAGCAACAACCCAGCCCCCUGUGCCCCCCCAGCCCAGGGCUGGCCCUCCUGGGGCAACCAACCAGCAGCUCCUGGAGCCUUCCCAGGGUAUCCUGGAGCACCAGGAGCCUAUCCUGGAGCACCUGGAACCUAUCCUGGAGCACCAGGAACCUGUCCUGGAGGACCUGGAGCAUACCCUGCAUACCCUGGAGCACCUGGAGCUUAUCCUGGAGGCCCAGCAGGACCAGGAGCGUAUCCAGGAGCACCUGGAGCAUUCCCUGGAGCUCCACCAGCAACAGGGCCGUAUCCUGCCCCAGGACAACCACCCAGUGGCCCUGGAUUUGGGCCUUCUGCUCCUCAGGGAGGACCAACAGCUCCACAGGGAGGACCAACAGCUCCUCAGGGAGGACCAACCCCUCCAAUGAAAGUGCCCUUUGAGCUGCCCCUGCAGGCAGGACUCGUCCCUCGGCUGCUCAUCACCAUCACUGGGACUGUGAACCCCAACCCAAACAGGUUUUCACUGGAUUUCAAGAGAGGCAAUGACGUUGCCUUCCACUUCAACCCCCGCUUCAACGAAGACAAUAGGAAAGUCAUUGUCUGCAAUUCCAUGUUCCAGAAUACCUGGGGGAAGGAGGAGAGGACAGCUCCCAGGUUUCCAUUUGAAGCUGGAAAACCCUUCAAGCUCCAGGUGCUUUGUGAGACGGAUCACUUCAAGGUGGCGGUGAACGACGCGCACUUGCUGCAGUACAACUUCCGCGAGAAGCGGCUGAACGAGGUCACCAAGCUCUGCAUCGGGGGGGACAUCGCCCUCACCAGCGUGGUGCCCACCAUGAUCUAACUGGGGGGACUCUGGGCAAACUCUGCUCUUGUAGGGUGCAACACAAGUGCCUUCCCACCAGCUCACUGUGAGGUAAUAAAACAUUUAAC